CCUGCCCGUGAUACUCAAUGUGAAAAACGCUGUAAAAAUACAUUAGACGAGCUUCAAAAGUGUGAAAUAGGUGAAUUGUCCAUCUGAGCUCCAAAGCUGCAGAUCAUGGAGUCUUGGAAGAGUCACGUGCGAGCGGAGCUGUUUCACAGAGACUGCAGGCAGAGAGACCCUUUCUCUGGCCUCUUUGACAAGGUGUCCAGGCUGGAGGAGAUGCUGGACUUUCACAUCAAACUCUGGCAAGGCAGUUCCAAAGAAAAUGGAAGCUCAAAAUGCACAGAUAAAGGAGGCACACUUUAUUUGAGAGUGAAUGAGGUGGAAUUUCUUAAUCAACAGCUCAAGCAGAAAAUAUCAGAUCUGACCAGCAAUAUAUACCUGAAGGAGGCGGAGUUACAAUACUGUCACUCACAAGUUGCCCAUUACAGGACAGAAGCGGUUUUGUUGGCCCAGGGGGCUUCCUGUCUGAAGUCUGAUCUGGAGGAAUAUGAGUAUCAGCUGGAGUGUCAAUCAAAGGAACUGACAGCACUGAGAUUGGAGCACAACAUACUGAGAGAGGAACUGGCUGCCACAAAACUCCAGAAGGAGCAGCUCCUAGACCGCUGGUUAGAGGAGAAAAAAGAAGAGGCCGAGAGGAUUAAUAAGCACAAUGCCACACAAGAAAGGUGGCAACGUUUGGCUGGUCGACUGAAGAAGCGGUAUCGUGGCAGGUCUCGCCCAACACCGUGUGCAGCUAACAGCAGCUCAGAUAUCAAACCGACAGAGCCUAAAAUUUAGCGUCCUCCUUCUUAAAACAAACGUAGUUAUGGAGGAAAGUGAAUUUUAUUAUGUUUCUGGUGAUUUUUCCACACUUUUGGAGAUUAUUUUAUAACAAGCAUUUAAGCGCUUCAAAAAAUGAUUUUCUUACUCAUUUUUUUAUGUCGUUUUCCAGUACAAAUAUCUUCUUAAAUCAAGAAACAUUUACUUGAGAAGCAAAAUGACUUAAGAUAUUAUCUUGUUUUCUGAAAAAAAAAGAUUUUUCUGACCCUAUUGGCAGAUUUUUCCUGUUUUAAGCAUAAACUCACUUAAUUUUAAGUAAUUUGGCUUCUCUAGUAAAUGUCUUAAUUUAAGAAUGUUUAUGUGCUGGAAAACAAGAAAAAAAAUACUGAAUAAAGAAAUCAUUUUUUUUUGCAGUGUGAGAGCAAACACCUUGACUUUUCUCAGCAAAUUGCUGAAUUCAAAGGUUAGUAAUAAAGCUUUCCAAAUUUAAUAACAGCCAUGUUGUAUUUUAUUUGUUUUAUUAAAAAAUUAAAUAAAGUUUUAAAAGAAAAUGGCAAACAGUG